AUGAAAUAUGGCGGAAAGCGGGAUCAUGCGUCGGCAUUUGGAGGAAAACCGCAAACAGUUGCACCUCGCGUUCCUGCACCGCCUCCGGUCCCAAGCUUCGGCAACCCUCUGCCUGUGAAACCUCCUCCAGCAGUUGAUGCUGCAAAUCCGAGAAAAAAGAAAAGAAAACACAACCAGUUAGGGCUUACGCCCAAAACCGAGGAUCAUGAAUCGAGUGAGGAGGACGACGUGGAUGAAGAAUCCAAGUUGGCGCCUGCGACUGCCGGUGCUACAGCGCCGUUGCGAUUCACCUAUAAAGGACGGACGUCCACACUCCAGUCACCCACAGACAUUGCCGCAUGGAUUGAGGAACGGAAGAAACGAUUUCCGACGCAAGCAAAGGCUGAAGAGAAGAAAAAGGCCAUGGAGGAGGCUAAGAAAGCCCGUGAAGAAGCUCUGAACAAGAAAAGGAUUGAGAGGCAGGAGCAAAGACGAGCCCAGAAGGCCGCCAAUGAUAAACCGGAGAGCGUCAUUGAUCCGGCGCAUGCGGCGGCCAAGGCGAAACGAAAGGCUGAUAAGCUCCAACGCAAGUUGCUAAAGGAGCAGGAACGGGUAGCGAAAGCGGAGGCAGAUGCCGAGCGGGCUCGGCUCGAAGUUGAAAGGCUGCAAAAGGUGGCCAUGGAGGCGAGAAGAGGGUCAGAGUCUGCAACGCAGAAAACUGAAUCUCAACCUUCCGUCGCUCCAGAAAAGGCGGACACAAAAUCUGCUCAGAAAGUGGAGAUACUCAGCUCCAAGGACAACGACUCGGAGACUGUGGCUGUCCCUGCCGAGAGUUCUGUCGCAUCCAUGGCCCCUGGGACAAUGGUAACAAAGAUGGAACCCGGUGACUCAGUAGAGAGUCGAAACGAGGAAUCCGCCGCAUCAUCUUCCGACGAUUCGGACAGCACUGACUGGACGUCAUCAAGUGGAUCUGACAUAUCUUCGGAUUCCCACGAGAGCGAUGAUGAUUCGGCCCCGAGGAAGUGUCUUCGCGCCGUGAGGGGCCGGAGCGGGUAGCACCACCGCCUCGAGUCAAUAAGAAGAAAGUGUGUCGCCAUUUCGCCCGCAAUGGGCGCUGCUUGCACGGGGAGAAGUGCCAUUUUCUACACGAGUUGCCGGAAAGAGGCGCUAAAACAAAACCGGUGGAGAAAAAAGGACGGAGGGGACUGUUCCAAGCAGUAAGUAUCCUUGGUCUUUAGCAAAGAAGGAAAAUGGCAUUCUUUCGCCCAUUCAAACGCUAACACGCAAUUUUUACUAGCUGGUCGAACGUCAAAAGGAGGACGAGGAUCGGAGAGCCAUGGAGGUGAUUGUAUGGCUGGGAGAGAACCGAUUUCUCGAUGCCCCAGAGGCCGAGCCUCAUACUGAC